AUGGAGAUUGGGUCUGGCUUUGAUCAAGCAGUCAACAACACACGAGUCAACAACACACGAGUCAACAACACACGAGUCAACAACACACGAGUCAACAACACACGAGUCAACAACACACGAGUCAACAACACACGAGUCAACAACACACGAGUCAUCAACACACGAGUCAACAACACACGAGUCAACAACACACGAGUCAACAACACACGAGUCAACAACACACGAGUCAACAACACACGAGUCAUCAACACACGAGUCAACAACACACGAGUCAUCAACACACGAGUCAACAACACACGAGUCAUCAACACACGAGUCAACAACACACGAGUCAACAACACACGAGUCAACAACACACGAGUCAACAGCACACGAGUCAACAACACACGAGUCAUCAACACACGAGUCAUCAACACACGAGUCAACAACACACGAGUCAACAACACACGAGUCAACAACACACGAGUCAUCAACACACGAGUCAACAACACACGAGUCAACAACACACGAGUCAUCAACACACGAGUCAACAACACACGAGUCAACAACACACGAGUCAACAACACACGAGUCAUCAACACACGAGUCAACAACACACGAGUCAACAACACACGAGUCAUCAACACACGAGUCAACAACACACGAGUCAACAACACACGAGUCAACAACACACGAGUCAACAACACACGAGUCAACAACACACGAGUCAACAACACACGAGUCAACAACACACGAGUCAACAACACACGAGUCAACAACACACGAGUCAACAACACACGAGUCAUCAACACACGAGUCAACAACACACGAGUCAACAACACACGAGUCAACAACACACGAGUCAACAACACACGAGUCAACAACACACGAGUCAUCAACACACGAGUCAUCAACACACGAGUCAACAACACACGAGUCAACAACACACGAGUCAACAACACACGAGUCAACAACACACGAGUCAACAACACACGAGUCAACAACACACGAGUCAUCAACACACGAGUCAUCAACACACGAGUCAACAACACACGAGUCAACAACACACGAGUCAACAACACACGAGUCAACAACACACGAGUCAACAACACACGAGCCCUCUAUUGUUUCUGA